AUGACGACCAAUGCUUCCAACGACACUAAGCCUUGGCACGCCGCCUUCCCUGCGCCUAGAACGACCGAGCCUGGAGCAGUGUCACGUGAGGAGAUGUUAGAGCUUCUUAGGACUGCGACCGCAGGCAAGGACUACGUCUUGGUCGACUUGCGCCGCAACGAUUAUGAGGGCGGAACCAUCAAGACAUCGAUCAACCUCCCUGCUCAGUCGCUCUAUCCCACGAUCCCCGCAUUGUACAAGCUGUUUGAGACGGCGGGUGUGAAGCAGGUCAUUUGGUACUGCGGCUCGAGCAGCGGUCGGGGCACGCGGGCGGCUGGGUGGUUCCAGGACUACAUUGACAGCCAGGGCGGUGAAGUGAUGCGCAGCGUCAUCCUGCAGGGCGGCAUCAAGGGCUGGGUGGCAGCGGGUGCUGCACACACGGCGCAGAUGGACGGCUUCGUCGCAGAGGCCUGGCAGAAGCCGGUGCAGUGCGGGUAG